AUGGAUUCCGGUGUGUUUUCCGGCGAAUCAUCCGAAGUUGAUUACUCGUCGUCUUCCGAAGUUGAUUCGAUCGCUUGUUUUAUCGAAGGCGAGCGUCACUUUGUUCCAGGACAUGAUUACCUCUCUAGAUUCCAAUCUCGAUCUCUCGAUGCUUCCGCUAGAGAAGACUCCGUCGCUUGGAUUCUCAAGGUACAAGCGUAUUAUAAGUUUCAGCCUUUAACGGCGUACCUCGCCGUUAACUACAUGGAUAGGUUUUUAUACGCUCGUCGAUUACCGGAAACGAGUGGUUGGCCAAUGCAACUUUUAGCUGUGGCAUGCUUGUCUUUAGCUGCUAAGAUGGAGGAAGUUCUCGUUCCUUCUCUUUUUGAUUUUCAGGUUGCAGGAGUGAAAUAUAUAUUUGAAGCGAAAACGAUAAAGAGAAUGGAACUUCUUGUUCUGAGUGUGUUAGAUUGGAGACUAAGAUCCGUUACACCCUUUGAUUUCCUCAGCUUCUUUGCUUACAAGAUCGAUCCUUUGGGAACCUUUCUCGGGUUCUUUGUUUCCCAUGCCACUCAGAUCAUACUCUCCAACAUCAAAGAAGCGAGCUUUCUUGAGUAUUGGCCAUCGAGUAUAGCCGCAGCUGCGAUUCUAUGCGUAGCCAACGAGCUCCCUUCUCUAUCUUCUGUUGUGAAUCCCCACGAGAGCCCUGAGACUUGGUGUGACGGAUUGAGCAAAGAGAAGAUUGUGAGAUGCUAUAGGUUGAUGAAAGCGAUGGCGAUAGAGAAUAACCGGUUAAACACACCAAAAGUGAUAGCAAAGCUUCGAGUGAGUGUAAGGGCAUCGUCGACGUUAACAAGGCCAAGUGAUGAAUCCUCUUUCUCAUCAUCUUCUUCUCCUUGCAAAAGGAGAAAACUAGGUGGCUAUUCUUGGAUUCCCAAGAAAAGCAAAUGAGUGAGUGUAGACCACACGUGUGAGAGAAGAAAAUGAUCAUGUGAGUGAGUGUGUGUGUGCGUGUGAGAUAGAGGGAGCAUUUGCAUUAGAGUCCGUCGCAGAACAUGUACUGAUGGAUAAGACAGGGGGGAGCGUUUGCAAAAGAUUUUUGAGUGGAGAGCUCUUUGUCUUAAUGGAUCGCAGCAGUUUAUGGACCCCCUCACCUCAGCUUCUCUCAUCAUCUAAAAAAAAAAUGAAGUUGCGAGUAUAUAUUUGUUUUUUUUUUUUUGCCUUGGAUUUUAAGAUUUUUGAUUCCUUUGUGUGCGACUUCACGUGCCGGAGGCGUGUGUCUCACGUGUUUGUUUGUUUUUUUUUUCUCUUCAAAUCUUUUAUUUUUGACGGGAAAUUUUGUGGUUUUGAUGUUUGUACGUAUUCCGUGGACUCCAAAUGAGUUUUGCCACGAUGCGUUUUCGUAACGUAUGCAUGCGUGUAAGGUUUCA